AUGAAGGCCAUCGCCGUUACUGUUCUCUCGUUCCUUACUGCCUUCUCCUCUGCUCAUGCUGUUGCUCAGCGUGUCAGGGUGAAUGGUCAAGACAAGGGCCAGCUUGUUGGCAUUCGCGUCCCCAACUCGAACAACCCCAUCCAAAAUGUCAACGACCAGAACAUCGCCUGCAACUCCGGCUACCGCACUCCCGUCUCCAACGUCGUCAUCGACGUAAAGGCCGGAGACCGCGUCGGCGUCCAAUGGGGCCAUGUCAUCGGCGGCGCACAAUUCGCAAACGACCCUGACCACCCCAUCGCAAAGAGCCACAAGGGCCCUACCAUCUUCUACAUGGCCAAGGUCGACAACGCCGCGACCGCCCAACCCAACGGUCUCCGCUGGUUCAAGGUCUUUGAAGACGGCCUCGACGGCUCCGGCCAAUGGGGUGUCGACCGCAUGAUCCAAAACGGCGGCUGGGUCGACUUCACCAUGCCCUCCUGCGUAGCCCCGGGUAACUACCUCCUCCGUGCUGAAAUCAUUGCUCUGCACUCUGCUAGCAAGCAGGGCCAGGCCCAGUUCUACAUGGGCUGCGCUCAAAUCAACGUCUCUGGCUCUGGAUCCAGCACCGGUGGUCAGACCGUCAGCUUCCCGGGCGCCUACUCGGCCAACGACCCCGGAAUCCUCGUCUCCAUCUACAAUGCUCAGGGUCAGCCCACGGGUAAUGGUCAGCCGUACAAGAUCCCCGGCCCUGCUGUGCUGCGGUGCUAG